AAAGUGAACCCUCUUCCUCAGAGAAGAUCUUUGCCUCCCAGUUUGUUCCUGGCGGCAUAGCACAGUGAACUGUCUUUCUUCUCAGAGGAUCUUUGUCCCAUGAGAGCAGGCAGCAUGCUCUCCAUGUCCGCGUUUAAAACAACUUUCGCUGGCGAUCUGACAGUCACUAGAAGCACAUUAUAACCCUUUGUAAAACUUUCUGUGUGGUACCUGUGUUGUACAUGAGCUAACGUUAUCGGCUAAGGACUGAGAGGCUGUCCGGUAUGUGUGUGUGUGUCCGAGUCGGUGCUGCUUGCCCGAUCAGGCAUGUCUGCGCAGGGUCUGCUGGCCCGCCAGCUAUUUUUACUUGCCUCGGGCAUUCGGGCAACCGUUAAUGUCGGACCCUGCGUGCUGAUUAGGCAUGUGCUGGUUACCGGCGCCACGGUUUACCACGGUAAAAGAAUGUCACGGUGUCACUAACCGCCCAUUUUCCGUUCAGACGGUAAAGGCCGACGGUGUAACCUACGUUACGUUUCAUAAAUGGGAACUUCAGGAGCUCAAAACUCAGAAAUAACUCUGUGCCAGUCGUACAUUUUAACUGGCACACACUCUGAAAUCAUGCAUGUGCAGCUGCUGCAGUCAGCACAAUUAUUGGGGUGCAGCCUCAGUCAGUCAAUCAGUCAUUACGUCAGUAAUCAGUGUAAAUUCACUCAGGUGCAAACUGCAGACAUGGCUGGAGGAGGCGAAGCUGAACUUUUCUCACCGGCGAAAAGGACGAAGUCGGUGGUGUGGGACCAUUUUGGCUAUCAGAAGAACCCCAAGAGCCAAGGCAAAGACCCGCUCCUCCCGUGUUGGGCUCCAGUUCCCAGUCAGCCGUGUUCACAGGCUGCUGCGCAAAGGAAACUAUGCGGAGCGUGUCGGUGCCGGUGCCCCCGUCUACCUGGCGGCUGUGCUGGAGCAUCUGACCACUGAGAUCCUGGAGUUGGCUGGAAACGCUGCCUGCGACAACAAGAAGACCCGUAUCAUCCCCCGUCACCGGCAGCUGGCUGUCCGCAACGACGAGGAGCGGCCUCAUUCCGUGCAUACGCAACGUCUGCCCUGCACUGAGCUCCCGUGUUGGUUGGCCAUACCUGGCCUGGUAGCUAAGCUAACCAAAGCUAAGCUAACCAAAACAACAAUGCCUGCUGUGGUCAGUGAGGACAAGAUUCUGCUAAAAAAAAAAGCCAAUAAAAAGAUUGCUGACCUUAAGGAUGAUAUCCGUCGACUUUCUCAUGAGCUGAGGAAGAAGGACUCGCUGCUGUUCAGCUACAUGGACGUGGCGGCUAGCCAAUCCAUAAAGUUGGCCUCGCUCAGCGUAGCCCUCCAGGACACCGUUGCAUGGGACCCCUCCAUCUGUCCACAGCCCUCCUCUUGUUCCACACCUAACCAUGAGUCGCCCUGGACAGAAGUGGCGGUCGGCGGUCGGAAGAGGGACUCGAAAGGCGCUCCUCGCCUGAGUCUCUCCAACCGCUUCGCAGCCUUGUCUGCUGAUAACAAUCCGGUCCACCCAAUUGAUGUCCCCCCAGCAGCGGCGGCUCCUCCUCGUCAGGAUCUGGACCUGAAACCACUGACUGCCUACACCGCAGAUUUCCCUCCACUGCUGGCCGACAGUGCUCAGGUGACUGGAUCCUCCGCCACGGAGCUUCAACGGCCCGCAUCCCGGUCUGCUUCCUCCUCUGCCCAGCGUAGGAUCCUGAGGGAUGCUGUGCUCUGACGCUCCGGUGGCCUUCCUCGUCCAGAGCCAAAGGAGAAGGGGAAUCCCUCUCCCGGGUCUCCCAGGUCUGCCAGCGCGUCCCCACCGCCGCACCAGCCUGCCCAGGCGCACAGUGUGGACCGUGCAUCAUCCAACCAUGAGACCCCACAGUUUUCGUCUCCUCGUCCCCUCUUCCCC